CUGAUUGAUUGAAAAACCACCUGUCAAAACAAAAAAAAAAUGGAAUCAAGAAAUUCAUUGGAUCUUGAAGAGAUUGUAUCGAAUGAAUUGGAUUCACAAAUAGAUUCAUCAAACAACAACAACAACAACAAUACAAUCGGAAAUGAUCAACAAAAUUCCAUCAGCAACAACAGCAGUGCAACAUUGAUAAUUAAUCAAAAUAUUCAACAAAUAUUUGCUGAUCGUAUACGUUUGGCUGCAAAACGUAUACAAACAGGUGAUUAUAAUGGUGCCAUACGUUUAUAUAGUGAAGCAUUAAAAUUGGAUCAUUCAAAUCAUAUUGUUUAUGGUAAUCGUUCAGCUGUUUAUUGUCGAUUAGGACGUUAUGAAAAAGCAUUGAAUGAUGCAAUCAAAGCAAGAGAAUUGUGUCCAAAUUGGAGUAAAGCUUAUUAUCGUCAAGGUAUUGCAUUACAGUUUCUACGUCGAUAUCCCGAUGCAUUGGCAGCAUUUGCAUCCGGUCUGGCACAGGAAUCAAAAUCUACACAACUUUUAUCUGCAUUUGUUGAGACGGCAAUGAAAUCACCAUUACGUGCUACAUUGGAACCAAUAUAUCGUCAGCUACAAGUGAUGAAUUUUGAUAAAUCACCAUUUGUAAUAACAUCGGUUGUUGGACAAGAAUUAUUAGCUGCAUCACAUUAUGCUGCUGCUGUUGUUGUAUUGGAAUCAGCAUUACAAAUUGGUUCUUGUUCAUUGAAACUACGUGGAUCUGUAUUCUCGGCAUUAAGUACAGCAUAUUGGACAUUGAAUGAUCUAGAUCAUGCAAUAGAUUAUAUGCAACAAGAUCUACAGGUUACAAGAGCAUUGGGUGAUAUUCUUGGUGAAUGUCGUGCACACGCUAAUCUGGGUUCAGCUUAUUUUGCUAAAUGUAGCUAUAAAGAAGCAUUAGCAUCACAUCGUUAUCAAUUAGUAUUGGCUAUGAAACAUAAACAUAGUGAACAAGCUGCUCUAGCACUUACAUCACUUGGUCAUGUUUAUUCAGCAAUUGGUGAUCUAAAAAAUGCACUAUCCAGUCAUCAACAAUGUUUACAGAUUAUCAGACAACUUGGUGGUGAUCCAUUGGCCGAAGCCAGAGAAAUCGGUAAUGUUGGAUCGGUUCAUUUGGCUGCUGGUGCAUUUGAAAAAGCAAUAGAAUGUCAUCUGGAACAUGUAAAAUUAGCCAAAUUAUUGGGAAACAAAACAGAAGAAGCAAGAGCAUAUUCUAAUCUUGGUUCCGCUUAUCAUUAUCGACGUCAAUAUGAACAGGCUAUUCAAUUUCAUGAACAAGUAUUACGAAUAUCACAAGAAAUUGGUGAUCGAACCAUUGAAUCGAAAGCAUAUGCCGGUCUAGGACAUGCAUCUCGUUGUAUGAAAGAUUAUAUACAGGCAAAACGUUGGUAUGAACGACAAUUGGAUGCUGCAUUGAAUACAAAAGAUCGUACUGCUGAAGCUAAAGCUUGUUCAAAUCUAGGAAUUGUUUAUCAAUUAUUGGGUGAUCUAGAUGGUGCAUUAAAACUUCAUUGGUCACAUUUAAAUAUUUGUAAACAGCUGAAUGAUCAUGCUGGAAUCGGACGAGCAUAUGGUAAUAUUGGUAAUACAAAUUUGGUAAUGAAAAAACCAGAAGAAGCAUUAAAAUAUCAUAAAAUGGAAUUACAGAUUUCCAAACAAAUACAUGAUCGUGUAGCCGAAGCAGCUACACAUGGAAGCAUUGCAUUAUGUUAUCAAUCAUUGUCAUUGCUGGAUCAAUCAUCGAUACAUUUAAAUCUACAUUUAAAUAUUGCACGUGAAAUCAAUGAUAUACAAUGUGAAGCACAAGCACUUUGUAAUCUUGGAAAUUUUCAUCAAUCAAAUCGUUGUUAUGAAAAAGCAAUCUAUUAUUAUGAACAUUAUCUUCGUACAACGCAAACUAUCGAUGAUAAAGAUGGUCAAACUAAUGCAAGCCAUUAUUUAGGUGUAGCUAAUUUAUCAUUGAAACGUUAUCAAUUAGCAUUGGAAUAUUUUCAAUUUGAUUUGAAUCAAUCUAAACAAUUACAAGAUCGUGAUUAUAUUUGUCGUGCAUAUUGUCAUCUUGGUUUAGUACAUCAAGCAAUGGGCAAUCUAGAUGAUGCAUUAGAAUGUCAUAAAUAUUAUCUAUGUCUAGUACAGGAUGACCAUGAUGGCCGAUUAAAAGCAAUGGGUUAUAUUGGUGAUUUACUUGCACAACAAGGUAAACAUAUGGAAGCGAUUAAAAUUUUGGAAAAAAAACUUUCCUUAUCCAGAUCAGCUAAUGAUAUAGUAAAUGAAGCAAUGACAUUGCAAUCAAUGGGAAAUUGUCACCGUAUCGUUGGUGAUUGGGAACGUGCAUCGGAUUUUUUUAAACAAGAAUCCAUUCUAAGACAACAACAAUGUUUACCAAUUGAUAUUAAAGAAGAAAUUCGUUCCUUGAAUGAUUUAGGUGAAUGUUAUCUAAAAUUGAAUAAUUAUCAAUUGGCAUUGAAAUAUUUUAUGGAACAAUUAGAAAAAUGUGAACAAUUUCGUAGUAGUAGCAGCAGCAACAACAACAACAACAACAACAACAGUAUUGAAUCUGAAUCGAAAACAAUAAUCGAUGAUGAAUAUGAUUCAAAUGGUUAUUAUGGUCGACGACUGCGGCGACAAUUAGAUACUGUGAUUAUGAAUGAUGAACAAAUUGAAUCCUGUCAAAUGAUGGCCAAAGCAUUACAUAAUGUAGCCACUACAAGAUUCCAUAUGAAUCAUUAUGAAGAAUCGGCCAUUUAUUAUGAACAAGAAUCAACAUUGAUCCAGGAAACAAUUGAACAAUUUGAAAAGAAUAAAAAUCAUACAAUCAUUGCGAUGGUAUCGAAUGAUGAAACAGCAGCUGAUGAAACGAAUGAUUCAAAUAAUAAUAACACUACUGCCAACAACAACAACAACAACAACACCAAUGGCCGUACAGAAAUAAUAGCAACAAUCAUUGAUGAUCUUAUUGUUCGUAAUGUCAAUUGUUUACGUUCAAUUGGUGAUUGUCAUUUUGCACAACGACGUUAUGAUGAAGCAAUCAAAUUCUAUACGGAUUUUGUUUCCACCAGUAAAUCAUUGAUUGAUCAAGAACAUGUUUAUUGUUUAUUAGGUAAAUGUUAUCAGCUGGUCAAUAAUCUACAACAAGCAUUGGUUUCAUAUGAAAAACGUUUAGUAAUUGCACAUGAAAUUGGUUGUGAUCAAACCAAAGCAAUGGCAUAUGGUGAACUUGGUCAUCUACAUCGUUUACUUGGAAAUUAUGAACAAGCAAUCACUUGUUUUAAACAUGAACAAGAAUUGGGUAAAAAGAAUCAUAAACAACAGCAGAAUGACCAUGAUAAACAAAUUGUUGGUCCAAUUAAUAUUGGUCUAUUGAUUGAAGCUGAAGCUCUUCAUGGACUUGGUUGUGUUGCACAAGAAAUGCAUGAUUAUGAACGUAGUCUUAAAUAUCAUUCAUCAGCAUUGGCUAUUGCACAGGAAAUUGGUUCAUUAGAAAUGGAAUCACGUGCAUAUGGUGCCAUUGGUAGUGCCUAUAAUGCACUUGGUAAUCAUGAAUCGGCAAUACGUUAUCAGGAAAAAUAUCUUUCCGUUGCACAGAUGAUUGGUGAUCUAAAUGCACAGGUUUCUGCACUAUCAGCAUUGGGUAAAAUUAAUUCAUCCAAUAGUAAUUAUCAACAAGCACGGCGUUAUUUUCAACAAGCAUUAUCAAUAGUUGAAAAUCAAAACAAUCAGAAUCGUAUUGGUUAUCGUGAUGAAGAAGAAGCACGAAUCUGUUAUGAACUAGGUAUGGUAUUAUGGGCAAUGAAUGAAUUAGAAGUGGCUGAAACACAUUUACGACGUUCAGUGGAUUUGAUUGAAAAUUUACAAAAUCUUAAUUCAUCCAUAACUCAAUUGAUGAUUGCACCGAUGAUGAUGAUUUCCAAUUCUUUAAUUUCCAAUCAUUAUGGUAAUUCAUCGUCAAUAACAAACACGACAACGACUGCAACGUCUACAACAACAACGACAACCAUGACAGCAGCAAACGGCGGUGGCUGCUGCGGAAGUAGUACUAGCGAUGCAUCAUCAUCAUCAACAUCAUCAUCACAUUAUGGUCGAAUUCAUUGGCAAAAUCUAAUGAUGAUACCGACAACAUCAACAACAAUAUCACAACCACAUCAUCAUUAUCUUCAUUAUCAAGGUGCAUCAUAUGAAGCAUUGAUCAAAAUUUUAAUUGCAUUACAGCGACCAACCCAAGCUUUAUUGAUUGCUGAACGUUCACGUAUACGAUCAUUUUCAAAAACGAAAAAAGGUUUUCGUGCAUUUUCCAUCACCAGUAUCGAACAAAUUGUCGAUAUGGCUCGUAGUCAGAAUGCAGCCAUUCUUUAUUAUUCAAUGACAAUUGAUGGUAGAUAUAAUUCAUGGCUCAUCACUCCGGAGCAAGUUCAUUUUGCGUCAUUAUUAAAAUCUGAUAGAGAGAAAAUUUUACAAUUGAUAAAAAAUGUUCAAAAUUCACUGUUUGUUCAGGAAUCAAAUGUUCAUGAUCCUCCUCAUACAACAACUGCCAAUCGAUCGAUUGAUUCGACAAUAAUUGCCGAUCAUGAUGAUUAUCCAGAUACAUCAUUUGAACGUUCAUCAUCGAUGCAUCACUUAAGAAGAAAUCAUUUUUUAAAUUCAUCCAAUUAUUCAUUAAGUUCAUUGUUUUCAUUAGCAUCAUCAGUAACGACAACAUCGACAGCUUCAACAACAAGACUACGGUCAUUACAUCGUUCAUCAACAUCUACAAAUGUUAAUUUAUCACAGCGAAAAUCAUUUGAUCAUAGUGGAUCAUGUCCAUCGAAUAUUGAUUCACAGGAAUCAUUAUCAUCAUCACAAUUGGCCGGCAAAAUGAAACGUUCUGCUAGUUAUCGUUAUCUGAAUCGUAAUUGGCAAGGAUUUUCAGCUGCCACCGCUUUAUAUGACAUCCUGAUUGGUCCAUUUCAAAAUCAAUUGGAUCAAAAUGAAUCAACUAUCAAUCAAUUAUUGUUAGUAUUGGAUGGUGACCUAUUCUUGGUUCCAUGGAAUAUGCUUCGCAAUAAAGAUGAAGAAUUUCUAAGUGAACGUUAUUCAUUACUUGUCAUUCCAUCAUUACAUGUUUUACGUGGUGAUCAAAAUACGAAAACAUUACGAAAAAAAUCUGAUGAUUCUCAUUCAACAAUAACAUCGUUGGUUGUUGCUAAUCCAACAAUGCCAAAUAAAUUAUCAUCCAUCACCACUACUACUAAUGGAUCUGGAAUAGCUUCAAGAUUUGGCAAUAAUUUUCAUAAUCAUCGGCCACAAUUAUAUUUUGAAAAUCCAGCAUCAAGUAAAGAGGCUGCAUUUGUUAGUGAAUUAUUAUCAACUAGGCCAUUGAUUGGAACCGAAGCCAAUAAAGAGGCUGUAUUGGCACAAUUAUCGACAGCUCAAUGUAUACAUUUUUCAUCAUAUAUUAUUGAUAAUACUGAUGGUGAUCCACUUAAAAUGGCUACAGGUCUUGGUAUUGCCAUAUCACCAUCCGAUGUACUUAUUGGUGAUAGUGCACAUCAAUUACAUGAUCAUGAAUAUCUAUUGACACCACAUGAUCUGAUUAGUAUUGGCCUUUCAUCCAAAUUGGUUGUUAUUUCUUGCCCGGCAAUAUCAUCACGAUCGACUAAUCAUGCAGCUGCAUUGAAUGCAGCAACCACAUAUAAUUCAUCACAAGUAUUGAAAACAAUAACAUCGGCAUUACUACAAGCUGGCGCUGCUUGUGUUCUUCUUACAUUAUGGCCAGUAUCAUUAAGUGCAUUGCAAGUUUUAUUUCGUAUAUUCUAUUGUUCAUUAUUACAAGGAACUAGAGUAUCAACAGCAUUAAAAGAAGCAGUAAGCACCAUACAGAAUACAACACAUUUUUCACAUCCACGAAAUUGGGCCGGUUUCAUAUUGAUCGGUUCUGAUGUACGACUAUCAUCACAAGUGGCAUUGAUGUCAUCAUCAUUAGCAACGAUGAUUAAAACACCGGAAAAAUCACGUGAUGCAAUGCGUGUUGUAUUACAUUUAGUUGAAAAAUCGUUACAACGUAUUCAACGUGGUCAAAAAAAUGCAAUGUACACUACUGUUCAAAGUAUUGAGAAUAAAGUUGGCAUCAAUACACAAGGAUGGCGUGAAUUACUUAUAGCUGUUGGAUUUCGUUUCGAACCAUCAUCAACAAAUGGCCUACCAGCUUGUGUUUUUUUUCCACAAUCCGAUCCAAAUGGUCGUCUACAACGAUGUUCGAAUGCAUUGCAAGCAAUAUUAGCACUUUCACCGGCUACCAUAGCUGCCGUUUCAAAAUUGAUCUCAAAUUCAUCUGAAUUUGUUAGCCAUAUAAUUGAUAAACUUGAUCAUAUUGUUCAAUAUGGUCAAUGUCAUGAUGUACAUCAAUCAUCAUCAUCAUCAUCAUCAUCUUCGUUAUUAUUAUCAUUACUUGCAUCAUAUCUAGAAACAUUGAAUCUCAAACUUUGGUCCAUACAAGGUUGUCAUGAACUUUAUGCAUCACUUGGUUUUGAUCUAAUGGAAGUUGGUGCCGAUUCUGUUACGCUUCGUGCUGGAAAAAAUGCAAAUUUUCGUACUAUUAUGUUUACAUUACAAUCAUUACAGGCAUUAUUUGACAAUGAAAAUCGUGAAACAAUCGACAAUGAUCAACUGCAACAACAACAACAACAACAACAACAACGAACAAGUGCUACAACCAACAAUCUUAAUGAAAAUGAUUCAAAAUCACCAGAUGAAUGUAAUAUUCAUACACGACAAUCAAGUUUAUCGACAAUCAUAUCAUCACAUAAUAGUAUAGCAUCAUCAUCGAUCAUAGCUGAAUCAUCACCAGGAUCAAGAGGAUUUUCAAUUGGUCGUAAUCCAUUGGAUGUUGAAUUGAUUGAAAUGAAAUUAAAAUCAAUGAUGCCCAAUACUAAUAAUAAUACAAUACGAACAGAAGAUCAUUCACAAUCGACAACCAGUUCACAAUCAUCGAUAGCAACAUCAAACACUGUAUUGAAUAGACAAUUAUCAUCGUAUACAUAGACAUAUAACUAACAAACAGGAAAAUCUAGUCAACAGAAAAAAAAAAUUUUUUUUUAUUAUUGUCACACACACACACAGAGGAAAAUUUCUCAUUUGAUACUAGGUCUAACUAUUUCAUGACUAUUCAAAAUCGAAAAAAUAGCUUGAAUUUUUAUCAAGAAAUAAAUUAACUAUAUACCACAAUCAUCAAACCAUUUAAUUAAGUCAUAAAAUGUUCAGACAAUUUUUAAAU